GAGCUGCAGGACAUCGCCCGCCUCAGCGACCGCUUCAUCUCGGUGGAGCUGGUGGACGAGAGCCUCUUCGACUGGAACGUGAAGCUGCACCAGGUGGACAAGGACUCGGUGCUGUGGCAGGACAUGAAGGAGACCAACACGGAGUACAUCCUGCUCAACCUCACCUUCCCCGACAACUUCCCCUUCUCGCCGCCCUUCAUGCGGGUGCUCAGCCCCCGCCUGGAGAACGGCUACGUGCUGGACGGCGGGGCCAUCUGCAUGGAGCUGCUCACCCCGCGCGGCUGGUCCAGCGCCUACACGGUGGAGGCGGUCAUGAGGCAGUUUGCAGCCAGCCUGGUCAAGGGGCAGGGCCGUAUCUGCAGAAAAGCUGGCAAAUCAAAAAAGUCGUUCAGUCGUAAGGAAGCUGAAGCAACGUUUAAGAGUUUGGUGAAGACCCAUGAAAAAUAUGGGUGGGUCACUCCGCCUGUCUCUGAUGGCUGAUAUUAGCAACCUGCACUUGACAAAAAUGCUAAACAAAAGUACUGUGACAUCUCCUCAGUGCUGUACAUCACCCAUCCUUUUCUAUUUCAGCUUCAGUUAGAUACCGUGAAUGUCAAGGAGACACCUAAGUUAUUUAUAAACCGAUGUGUUUACAGAGGAAGAGAGAAAAAAAAAGCUGUUUAGGAUUAUAUUUCAAGAUUGGAGCCUGAUCGUCAUGGAAGUCACCUGAGCAGAUGUUGAGAUGGCAUCAUUAGCCCCCAUACGAACCACAUUGUCUUCAGCUUCUUUCCAUGACAGCAGCACCAAACAGCGGUACUGGAAAGUCUAUCCAUUGCUGCUCAGUUCAUUUAAAUGUAAAUGAAACAGUUAAUAUUUAAUAGGGAAGCAGUGCAUUGCAGGUACAUGUUUGCUGUGCUGUUUAUCUUUGUCUCCUAGCAGGUCAACAUAACUUGAAGAUUUGUCUUUAUGUGGAACUGUGGUCUGCUGUGACUAAAUUUAGACCUUAUUUGUGCUCUAUAUAUGACCUUUAAUUCAUAAAUGGGACAGAACUACAAUGAUGAAAGGUUCUAGUGUUGAAAAAUUAUUAAGUGGAAUCACCCCACCGGUUACAAUAUGCUAUCUAUGCUGAUAUUGUGGUGUGCUGUUCAGAAAUAAACCAGUGCAGUUAGCUGAAGGUUAGGUGAUUUUUUUUUAAACACACCCGCUCCAAAGCUUGGAGUGGUCGAUGGUGGCAGAACCGUUAUUAACCUUCCAGUACCUUUUACGGUAGCAUGUGACCUGUCAGUUCUGCAAAAUGGCAAAACAGAUGGAAAGGGACAAAGCAACCUUAAAAAAAUUAUCUGCUUAACUUUAAAAUGAUGUGCCAGUAACAGAGUAAAACUUUUUAAAGCAAAUGAAACAUGGUUUGUAAACUGAUUUGCAUGACUGGAUUCUUCUUUUUUCUUUUUACUCAAUAGACAUUGUAUGUACUUAGAGCCCAGUAUCUGAGAAACCCCCCGAUGUAUAUAAAUCUCCUAUUAUUUAAUCGUUAAAAUUUAAGUUUUCUGGUGAAUAAUUUAAAAACCUUUUUAAGGGACUCCAUGAAAUCUGAAGGUGACAUUUAGAACAUUAUAAGCAAAGCAUUAAAAAAAUGUGGAAUUUAAAUGGAAAAUCGUAUUGGACACAUGCUGAAUAAAAUCACCAGUAUCGUUUU